AUGGGCUCUAUCGAGGAGGUAAAACCAUGGAUCGAGGCCGGCAACCUAUUGGGUGAAGGCCCGGUUUACCUGGCAAGCUCGGACGAACUGUGCUGGAUUGAUAUAGCUGGCAAGACAAUAAGCAAGAGUCAAAUCGGUGUAACUGUGCCUGACCAAGAAAUCCAUUCCUUGCCAGAAGUAUCGACUGUCAUCGCCGAGAUUGAAGGUCGACCGGAUGAAUUGAUCCUGGGGACCGAGAACGGAUUUGCCAUAUGGAAUUGGAGUGAGAAAUCUUUCAAGCCCAUCGUCGAAAUAUGGAGGGGUGACCCAGUGCUGGGCAAGAAGUCGCGCUUGAACGACGGCAACGUUGAUAUACGCGGAAGGUUCUGGGCAGGUUCCAUGAUUGGCAUGUUUGGAGCAGAUGAGGUUGGCAAGAGCUCCUUGUACCGCCUAGACUCAGACCUUUCCCUCCACACGAUGCUCACUGGAGUUUCCAUUGCGAAUGGUCUUGGCUGGAGCCCAGAUAACAAGGUCAUGUACUUUGCGGACUCGCAGGACCAGACAGUAUGGGCGUUCGACUUUGACGCCGAGACCGGCUCGAUCGAAAACCGAAGGGUGUUCUACCGACACGAAGGCAAAGCUGUGCCAGACGGACUGGCCGUGGAUGCGGAGGGCAAUGUAUGGCUCGCACUAUGGGAAGGUUACGCUUUGUUGCAGAUAUCGCCGAAGGGAAAGAUCGUUCGAAAACUGGAUCUCCCUGUGUCCAGGGUCACUUGUCCAUGUUUUGGUGGCCCAGACCUUGACGAGCUGUUCGUAACCACGGCCAUGUUGAAUCCGGAGAGACCUGAAGAGGCAGGACUGGAGGGAUCCGUGUUUCGCUUCAAGCCUGGCGUCAAGGGUCAGCCCAGAAACAAGUUCGUGAUGAAGCAGUAG